GAGUGAGUUUGUUUACUGUUUAUAUCUCACUUUGUCUAAUCAAGGUUAUUGACUAAUUGUAGAGUCUAAUUGUUGUCAUUUAUUUUGUGAUUUUCGUCUUUGUUUUUAUUCAUUUUAACUGAGGUUAUUGUGAGUAAUUCGACUGAUUUUUCUUUGUGGUAUAAUAGAAGAGUUUUGUGAUUGAAAAAGGUAAACAAAAGUCUAUAAUGUUUGGAACACCUCAAACCUCAACCACAGCCCCAUUUAAUGCACCAUCAACAUCUCAAACAUCAUUUGGAUUUGGUGCAAGUCCCAAUAGGAUGCAGUCCACUUUUGGUCAACCCGCUGCAUUUACAGCUAAUCGACCUGCUCAAACCACUGGAUUUGGCGUUGGACCUUCAACAAGCUCUGGACUAUUUGGAGCACAAACAUCAACUACUCCUUUCUUUGGUACUCAACCAACAACCCAAACAACACCAUUUGGAGUAACAACUACAGCUACAUCACCUUUCGGAGGAGCUACAUCAACAUCUUUAUUUGGUGGUACAAAUACUGCCCAAACUAGUACACAAUCGCUGUUUGGACAAAGUUCCUUCUCAAAUACUACUCCAUUCAGUGCAGCUACUGGAACAAAUACCAUGCAAGCUGUUGGUACAACCGUUAAAUUCAGUCCAUUGAUUGGUAGUGAUACAAUGUUAAAGAAUAACAUAAACACAACAAUUAGCACUCGCCAUCAAUGUAUCACAGCAAUGAAAGAAUAUGAAACAAAAUCAAUGGAAGAGCUUCGAUGGGAAGAUUAUCAAGCUAAUCGUAAAGGUGGUCAACCUCAAGGAACCACAAUGUUUGGUCAACCACAAGCUACAAGUGAGUCUUUGUUUGGUGCUCAACAACAAGCACAACAACAACAGCAACAGCAGCAACAACAACAAGCAGCAGCGGCUACAACUCCAUUUAGUUCAAGUACUAAUUCAAUAUUUGGUAAACCUUCAUUUGGCUCUUCUUCAUCUCUCUUCAACACCUCUACAUUUGGAGCUCAACCAGCUAAACCCGCUUUUGGUACACCAGCGACCACAACAACCUUUUCCUUUGGUCCUGUUGCCCAACAACCAGUGACCGUUACUUCAGGAGGAUCUUUAUUCAAUGCAACCUCUUCAUUCACACCAAAUACCAACUUUUUUCAACCUCCAGCGACAAACACUCAACCCAAAUCAUUAUUUGGAGCCACCACAACAACAACUCCCUCACUAUUUGGUAGUAACACAAUGACAACACCAACUCCUUCCCUAUUCGGUGCUACUAACACCGCUACUGCACCAAAAACAGGCUUUGGACUAACAACCGGCGGAGGACAAACAUUUGGACAAACAACUGGUCCGUUCGGGGCGAACACUUUUAUGUUCAAUUCAACUCCAUCAACUACAACUUCAUCUCUCUUCUCGACUAAUUUAUCCACUUCUCUUGCAAAUACCAAUACAAUGAACAAACCUACAAAUCUCUUCAACUUCAGUAACCCGAUAACUGCACCAACAUUUAACACAUCAAAUCCUACGAUGACCAAUUUCAAUACAGGAAAUGUUUUCAACACAGGAAGCUCUAAUUUCUUCAACACAUCAAAUCCGACUUCAUCUUUGUUCACUAAUCCUCUUCAACUUGGACAAACCCAAGUACCACCGAUGUCAUUGCAACAAAGUUUAUCCCAGAAUAUGCCAACUUCAGAGCUUCUUCUGAGUCGAUUACAGCAUAUGCCUUAUGGUGAAUCUCCAGUAUCACAAUCACUAUUAAAUGCAGCGCAAUCACAUCCAAUCAAAUUCUCAACUGACUCUAAAACAUUGUAUCAAUAUAAGGUCAGUCUACGAACAGCAAGUUCACCAAAAGUACCACGAAAUGUUGGUACUCCCCAAGUGAAUCCAUCGUUUUUAUUUGAUGGUUUAGAUGAUGAUAAACAAGAAGAUGAACCCAAAUCAGCAAUUGACAUUUUUGCCCCUCGACGUAACAUUAAACGAUUGGUACUUAAACCCAAAGAUUCAACUCUAAAUGCAUCGAUCACCGAUUCACCUUCACUUUCAAUGACACAAAGAAGUGUUAAUGAUAAAUCAAAAGAAAAUGUCGCCGAUAAUACAGUCUCUGCUUUUACAACACCAUCGAAUCCAAUUAACAAUCAAAUCAAUACAAAUACAAAUAGUCCAAUUCACCAAACAUCACCAUCAUCACUAACAACAACAAUUACCCGAAAUUCAGUUACCUUUGGUGAAACCUCAAUAAUGGGCGACAAUGUAAACAGUUCCAGUUUACUUAAUGUCGCUGAUUCCAGUGGUGAUAAUAGUUACAUUUGUCCAUCAACUCCACCACCACCACUUAAUUGUCGAUUUAAAUUGAGUAAAUUAGAUUAUUACACUAAACCAGCAUACAAAGAUUUGGACAGAUAUUACAAUGAAUCAAAUGAUACCUGUAAAGUACCAAGUUUAACUAUUGGACGUGAAGGUUAUGGUGAAAUUCAUUGGGAAGGAGGAGUUGAUGUAACAGGAUUGGAUAUCGAUGAGAUUGUUCAUAUCCGUCGGAAAGAAGUGAUUGUUUACCCUGAUGAUGAUCAUAAACCUGAGGUGGGUAAAGGUUUGAACAAAGCGGCUCAGAUCACUUUGCAUCAAGUUUGGCCUGUUGAUAAGACGACACAUGAGAUAAUUAAAGAUAUUGAUAGAUUGCGAACCAUGAGAUAUGCUGAGAAAAUUGAAGCUGCGACUAACAAAUUAGGAGCCACUUUCAAAGAAUACAGACCUGAAUCGGGAUCAUGGGUAUUCUGUGUUAAACAUUUCUCCAAAUAUCUACUUGAAAAUGUUUAAUUGUUCACAGAAUCGACAGAAAAAUAGAUCGAUUGAACUUUAGUUAAUGUUAACAUUAUCUCGAAUCCACUUGAGGUCUCUCAUUAAGGUUCAAGAUGAAGCAAUUGGUGUACAUUAAUCAUUCGACUCGAUUUAAUUUCCUCAAAUUAACAGUCUAAAUAAUAGUUAUUCGUAUUGACGUUAACAUGUGAUCUUUUCGAACCAAUAAUAAUAUUAUCGAGAUGCGAUCGCACGUCGACACAAUAACGCAACUACAAUUAUGUUACACGAAAAUUGUAUCUUAGUCUUGUAUUAUUAUUGUUUUAUUAUCAUUAAUUAUUAUUUUCUCCUAUUUAAUCAAUCAAAUUAUUGUAAAUUGAAUAAGUGUGUCUAUAUUUAACUAAACAAUGAAAUAAUAUCAUCAACAGUAAUCAUCAUUAUCUUGUGAAUAUGAUUUAAAUUUUGAUUAACAAUCAAAAUCUAAAUUGAACAUGAAAAAUUUAUAUCAUUUCAUUGGUUUUGUUACAUUAGUUAUUUUCUGAUUUCGACUAAUUGUCAAACGGAAAAUUUAAUCAAAAAGAUCAUCACAAUCAUCACGAAUAAUUUAAUUCUCGUCAUUAUCAACAAUUUAAUCCUGAUUUUCAUUCAAUCUCUCUAUUCAUCAACAUGCAAACGACCACUUAAUUCAUUGAUUUAGAUUUUAACAAUCAAAUCAAAACCUCUGAUUCAAUUGAAUCAUCCAAAUUAUGUAAUAUUAUUGUUUCCUUAUAAUUAUAACAAACAAACAAUUUCUUAUUAAUUCAAUUAAAUGAAAAGUCAAAUUAA